CAGGAACAAAUAAGAAAAAAAUGGCAAAAGCUUCACAGAGGGCCCUGGUUUCAAUGGCAAUCUGCUUGUUGUCUUCCCUCGUUGGCUUCGCCUAUGCCGGCAGUCUCGACAACAAGUUCGUCGUACUCGGCAAAAUUUAUUGUGACACUUGCCGCGUAGAGUUCGAAACCAAACUCAGCGAACCCAUACCAGGUGCCAAGGUGAAGUUGGAGUGCAGGAAACAAGGGGACGAAACUGUUACGUACAGCCACGAAGCGGAAACAGACGCAAACGGUGUGUACAAGAUCCCGGUGGAAGGCAACCACGAGGAACAGAUUUGCGAGGUGAGCACGGUGAGCAGUCCAAGGGCGGAUUGUAACGAGAAGAUGGAAGCAUUUGAAAAGGCACAAGUGGAAUUAACAAGCGAUGAUGGCUUAGCCGAGCCUAGCAGAAAGGCUAACAAUCUUGGCUUCAAGAAGAAGGUAGCUGUCCCUGGAUGUGCUCAAGUUCUUAAAGAAAUGGGCUUCCCUCUUACCGAAUAAGGAUUUUUAAAUCCCAAGAUCAUAUCGAAUCUUAAUCAUGCGAGCAUAGCAUAAUCUCGAUAUGAUUUUAACUUAUAUAUAUAUAUAUAUAUAUGUACUCGUACUCAUCAUAUAUUGAACUUUAUUCAAUAA